UGUACUGAGUGAAUGUGAAGAGAACAAAACAAACAAGUGUAUACAAAGAGAAGAAAGAUACACAGAAAAAAAGCCACCUUUCUCAACCUUCCAACCUCAACCCUUUUUUCCUGCUACCCAAUUCCUCUCACCUUUCUCUCCUUCCCUUCCCUUCCCUUCCCUUCCAAAAGGCAGAAGAGAAUGAGGCAAUCAAAAGUAGUUUUGAUUAAAUAUUAGAAACAAGGACUGGAAAAUGGGAGGUUGCUGUUGUUCUGCCAGAAAACCUCAUCUGCAUGGAACACCAGUUUAUUACUAUUGCCCGCCAACUUUGGAGGAGCGCGAGUUGUUAACCUCUAAUGAUGCUUCUGCUGCUUCACUCACUGCUGGAUUGCUGAUUGGCUUAAACCUGGAUGCGUCCACACCCGAUACUUUCCAGCCGCCUCCUGCGCCUCUGCCUUAUGAUGUGGUCUUUGGAGGUUCUGCAUCAACAGAUUCUGAGUCUGGUAGAGAAACCGUUAGUGGUAGUAGUUUCGAGACUUUAAUUGCACGAGAAGAUCUCGAAGAAGCAGAAAGUAAAGUUAAAGCUCAAGAAAAUUCUGAGCCUAUAUCUCCCAAGAAGGCAGAGCUAUUAAAAUCAAAUCAGACUCAAGUAUUACUGACAGAAGAAGAGGAUGUUUGUCCAAUUUGUCUCGAAGAAUAUGAUGUUGAGAAUCCCAAAAAUCUGACGAAAUGCGAGCACCACUUUCACCUGUCUUGCAUUCUUGAGUGGAUGGAAAGAAGUGACUCCUGCCCGAUAUGCGAUCAGGAAAUGAUAUUUUGAUGAGACGCACACGGGAAUUAAUUGUUUCAAUUUUAAAGAUCAAAACUUGCUAAAUCCGAGGAAGAUAGACGAGUUCAUGGCUAGGUGAUGGUAGAUACAGAUUCAAUUUCAAUUUACCAUGCUUUGACAGAAGACAUUACUUUAGUUAGUAGGCCAUCAUGAGAAAAAUGAGGUUCAGAAAGAAUUAAAAGCAAUUCCUUUAGGUAUGGAAGUUGCAUAUUAUUAUUAUUAGGUAGUGAAAGAAUGAAGCAAUGCUCAAGAUUCCAAGGUAAAUGUUUAAGUGAUGGCUGCUUUUUGUGUUUAAGAAUUCAUAAGUAUUUAUUUAUUUUCUCUUUGGUGUUUUAUUUUUGGGGAAAAAAUAUGCAUGUUGGUUUUGUAAACCUGUCUCCGUACAUUUACAUUUUCGUGUAUAUAUCUCGGUGGAUAUUGAAUAUUUUCUUGUAUACAUAAGUCCCUUUUCCCGUAAUUAGAGAGUAAGAAUGAACUUCUCU